GGCGAGGAGGGCACCGAGGCACACUCACCCCUCCACACUUGGGCCGCGGUGGUACGGUCCGACCAGAACAAUGGCGGGGGGGGAAAACGACGACGCCUAACAUACCCCGCUCCCAAGGCCGCGGUGGUACAGUCCAGACUAAGGCAGUGGGCGGGGAACGCUGACGCCCAACAUAACCGCCCCCUCCCCCCAACCUGAGCCACAGUCCUACGGUCCGAACCGGAACAAUGGGCGGGGAACGCUGACGCUCGAUACACCUCCCCCAACCUGGGCCGCGGUGGUACGGUCCGGACUAAGACAGUGGGCGGGAGAUGCCGUCCCCAGUCACACCCCCUCCCGCCUGGGCGCCCCCUCCGCCUGGGCCGCGAUGGUAGGGUCCGGACUAAAACAAUGGUCGAAGGUCCCCGUCGCCAAGCAGCGCGACUGCGUUUCCAGUUCCGACUCGGCGGCCGGGAAGCCCUGGGGCCCGGGACCUCGAGGAGCGCGGGUCGCGCCGCCACAGGGGCCGCUGUCGGCUCUGGGAGCGUCGCUUCCGGCGCGUCGCUUCCGGCCGGUUGCGGGCACCUCCGUCUGAGGCGCGGCCCGCCCCCGGCCCGGCGGCCGCGUAGAGCGGGGCGGAGGGACAAUGGCCGCCCCACGGUGAGGCGCUGCCCGCCCGGCCUCCGCUCCACACGGGACGGAAGGCUCUGCGCGGGCCUUCCUUCCGCGAUGCGGCCUCUCCUACACCCCAGCCUCACGCCGAGCCCUCGGGCCGUGGGAGCCCACCCUCCGCGGCCACCAGGCCCCGUGCCGGGCGCGCCCCGGCCAGCAGCAGGCGGCCCCGGUCGUUUCCCCGGAGGCCGCCCUCUCCGACGCGCGGUCCGCGGCCCACUUUAAACGCCGCGCGCCCUUAAGGCCCCGAUGUGAGGCGGGGUCGCCCGGUGUCGAGAAGGCGCCGCGCCCCCCAUCCGCCCUGCCCGGAGACCUCGCCCCCUCGGCGCUCCCCGAAGUCGGGCGGCCCACGUAGUGGGGUGGGCGCCCUGUCCACGGCUGCGAGCGGCCCGCGCGGUCGCCGAUGCUCGGCGCUCUCCCACCCCCGGCUGUGCACGGAGACCCCGCGCUGGCUGUCUUCCCGCGGCCCCGCUGCGACCGGUGGGUGGAGAGACCGCGGCGUGGGGGAAGGGGCCCCCUGGUCCCGCAGCGCGGCGUCCCGUUAUGCGCCCCGGAAUAGGGGCCGUUUUCCCGCCGGAGAGCAGAGGCUCGGGCGCGCUCGCGCCUGGAAGGCUCCCCCGGCCCUCUAGCUUCCGGGCUCACGUCGGGGGCGGGGGGCGUCCUCGAUGCCUCGGGGCUUUGUCUAGGGGUGGGUGGCCAGUUUACGCGGAAAACGCUGAAUAAAACAAACGGUGAAGGUUGCCUCCGAUGGUCGCCUGUUGCUGUCGGGACCCGAGCCCGCCCCUCUGGCCUGUUCCCAGUCCCUCUCCUCCGAGAGGCGCCGGCCCACCCCGGGGCCUUCGCGCUCGCCGUGCCGCUCACGUCCCCGCUCCGAGAGACCCCUCGCCUUUGGGCCGGUAGCACCGGCCCUUGUUCUCCACCUCGCCGGGCCCGCCCUUUCCCACGAGCCUGCGGCUCCCGGAGUCGCCCUCCCACUCCUAAAUCCCGCCUCGCACACCCGAAGGCGCGGGACGCACCCGCGGCCGCGCGUCCUCUCUGCGGGGGCCGAUGGGGGGGGGGGAGCGUGUCACGGUUCCCGGGCUUCUCGAGUUUUAUGCCCCCGGGGGCGGACACGGCCCCGGAGCGAACCCAGGUAAAAGACGCCUCGUCUGUCCCGGGGCCUAAAGGCACGGUCGCCCACGUAUUUUAUUGCACUUGAUGUUUCUUCUGCCUAGGAUUUUAGAAAACUGUCAAGGAUAAAGGCUGGCCUCCUGCCAAGUGCUGGUUUUAUCGGACUGUUAGUUUGUUAAUUGGGGUGGGAAGUUCAGGCUCAGGGUUUCCUUCCCUCCAGUCAUCGGUUGACAUCUUUCCCUCGUUUCGCUGGGCCUCGUCCAGGUGACUCCCGUGCUGUACUCCUGCUUGGGCCUUUGACCCCGUGCUCACCGAGGCUGUGAAAGGGGGAGAAGAAAAAGAAAAAACACAAAAAACCUGUCUAGAGAUGGAUUCUUUGUUUGGUGGCUUUUUAAAAGUCUUUUUUUUAAUGGAGUAGAAUGUAUUUUACCAAAAGUAUUUGAACUUGCAAGUAACAUUUUAAAGCAGAAUGAAACCGUGUUAAAUAGUAUGAAAAGGAAAAUAGAAAGGUUUUUAGAUUAAAGAAAUCCACUGUGAGCAUAAAUUAGAAAAUGAAGAGAAACCAAACAAAACCCAAAAUAUUGAUGAAUGUGGAACUCCGCCUGAGUUGACCACAGUUGGUAACCUGGCAUUUUGACAGAGAGACUGAGCACGAACGAGGGAGGGGCAGAGAGCGAGGGAGACACAGAAUCCAAAGCAGGCUCCAGGCUCUGAGCCGUCAGCACUGAGCCCAACGCGGGGCUCGAAGUCAGACCUUGAGAUCGUGACCUGAGCCGAAGUUGGACGCUCAACCGACUGAGCCCCCCAGGCGCCCCGAUAUAUUCCUUGUUGGAUUGGACACUUGGAUAGCGUCCUGUGUCUCGGUCUUAAAAACAAAGUUAUUUUAAAACCACAUCUAUCCUCUAUGUACAGAGGGCCAACAAGACCUUUGUUCAAUUGUUUCUUCAGGAUAGAUUCCCAGAGAUGGAAUUUUUGAAUUAUACUGUGUAAAAACUGGCAGACCUUCAGUACAUUUUAUCUAAAAUGCCCUGUUGACAAUUUGAACCAAUCUAGAUUUCCUUACCAAGUGUUUGAGAACAUCUUGAGCUGUUUGUUCUAAAACAGGAAUUCUUCACCUCAGGCUUUAGAAUUUAGGAGUCUGCAAAAUUGUAUGGGGAAAUAUUGACAUCUUUAUUUUAUUAGCCCCCAGCUGAACUUUUCUUCAGUGGUGAACGUACCACGGUGGCAUUAGCAGGUGACACUAAACAGCACCCGUGGCUUGGUCUCCAUUUUGGAGCGUAGGCACCUUCCCAGCUGAUCCUGGGCCCCUCUGUCGAGCAAAAUCGAGCAGAGUCCAGCCCCCUAUUUAGGACGUGUUACCUAGUGCCAGACUCCUACAAAGUAAAGCUACCACAGAUUUGUUUCUUGUGGGGUGUCCCCACAUUUCAGUAGACCUAGUUUCCUUUUAUUUUAUUUUAUUUUAUUUUAUUUCAUUUCAUUUCAUUUCAUUUUAUUUUUUUACUUUUUUUUUUUUUUUUUUUUUUUUGAGAGAGAGCACAAGUUGGGGAGGGGCAGAGAGAGAAGGAGACACAGAGUCCGAAGCAGCUCCAGGCUCCGAGCCGUCAGCACAGAGCCCGAUGCGGGGCUCAAACCCACAAACCGUGUGAGAUCAUGACCUGAGCCGAAGUCGGACGCUCAACCAACUGAGCCACCCAGGCACCCCGACCUAGUUUCCUUUUAGUCACGCCGUGUGAACAUUCUGAGGACAACUCUGGGCAAGAGAGAAGUUAAGAGCUGGUCUAAAGGCAGUUCAUUAGCCACCUACUCCAUGCUGGGCUGAAAAGGUUAUGGUUGCGUUCUUGUUUGUACCCUAAUCAGAGAGAGAGCAUUGAGACCUUUCUCACCAGUGACCUGGGGACAGCCAGUGCUCCACAGCCACCUGGUCCAGCCUGCCCCACCCUGCUUCCAGGGCGACUGGAAAUCCACUCUUGGCCCUUAAAGUCAAUUCCUUGUCGUCACAUCAGGGUUGCUGACCUUUAGUUUUUGCAGGACAAGAACUGCUUCUCUCUGAAAGCUCCUCGAGUCGCGUGGUUUAAGAAAGAAGAACAGGCCGUGGAAACACGAACUGGAGUCCCUGAAGGCAUCUGUGACCCCACCAGGACUUGGCUUGAGCCUGCGUCCCCUGGCGAGGGGCGAGUGACGGCCACCGCUCCCCGGGUGGUGCAGGCCUUCACCCGGGAGCCAGCCCGACCCAUGCUGCCCACGGUCCGGAGGAGACAAGCAUGUCAGCCUCAGCGAAACCCUCGGCGCCGGCAGAGCUGGCCCCUGGCCCCGAGGACCGGCCCAAGGGGAAGCCGCUCCUCGGCUGGGGCUCUCUCUUCGGCCCCCGCAGCGAGAAGAUGGUUUUCAGCAGGAGCGAGGGCGCCCCCGAGGAGAACGUGCUCACCAUCACCAUCACGGAGACCACGGUCAUCGAGUCGGACCUGGGCGUGUGGAGCUCCCGGGCUCUGCUCUACCUGACGCUGUGGUUCUUCUUCAGCUUCUGCACCCUCUUUCUCAACAAGUACAUCCUGUCCCUGCUGGAAGGGGAGCCCAGCAUGCUGGGUGCUGUGCAAAUGUUGUCAACUACGUUUAUUGGAUGCAUUAAAAUAUUUGUUCCUUGCUGUUUAUAUCAACACAAAACCCGGCUUUCUUAUCCCCCCAAUUUCAUCAUGAUCAUGCUGUUUGUGGGUCUAAUGAGGUUUGCGACGGUGGUUUUGGGUCUGGUCAGCCUGAAAAACGUGGCGGUUUCGUUUGCUGAAACAGUGAAGAGCUCUGCUCCCAUUUUCACCGUGAUUAUGUCCCGGAUGAUCCUCGGGGAGCACACAGGGCUGCUGGUCAACCUCUCGCUCAUCCCCGUCAUGGGAGGCCUGGCACUGUGCACGGCAACGGAGAUAAGCUUCAACGUCUUGGGGUUUUCGGCCGCGCUGUCCACCAACAUCAUGGACUGUUUGCAAAAUGUUUUUUCAAAAAAGCUCCUCAGCGGGGACAAAUACAGGUUCUCGGCCGCGGAGCUGCAGUUCUACACCAGCGCGGCGGCCGUGGCCAUGCUGGUCCCCGCCUGGAUCUUCUUCAUGGACUUGCCGGUGACUGGGAGAAGUGGGAAGAGCUUCAGUUACAGUCAGGAUGUCGUGUUGCUGCUGCUGAUGGACGGCGUCCUGUUCCACCUGCAGAGUGUCACGGCCUAUGCCCUCAUGGGCAAAAUCUCCCCCGUCACUUUCAGUGUCGCCAGCACCGUGAAGCACGCCUUAUCCAUCUGGCUCAGUAUUAUAGUGUUUGGCAACAGAGUCACCAGCCUGUCAGCCAUCGGCACCGUCCUAGUGACGGCUGGCGUCCUGCUCUACAACAAAGCCAAGCAGCGCCAGCGAGAGGCCAUGCAGAGCCUGGCUGUGGCCGCCAGCCCAACGCCAGAGGACGAAGCGGAGCCACUGACCCCCAAGGACCCCAGACCACACCACUGAGCUCUGGAAGCUGCGGCGGGUGGCCAGGGCCCCCAAGCCGCUGCCCACUGCUGCUGUCCCCCUCACCGAUGCAGACACCCGGCCUCCUUGGGUCAGUGGGGUGCAGGAGGCCACGGGACGGGCCGCCUUCGCUGCUCCCAUUUCAGGUUUUUAGUGAAAACCAACGGGAGCUUGAACGGGGAUGCCAGAUGUCCGCUUCCUGGGGUGGAGACCGGAGCCAGCUGCUGCUGAGCCACGGCCAGACAAUGUGAAAUCUGCCUCCUGCUGACCCUGUGCUGAGCACGCGCGAGGGGGCGGGACUUCCAGAUGGCCUCUGCACCCCCAUCACCAGCUUGCAGGUCUGGUUGCAGUUAGGCCACGCCCUCAUUCUCUGUGUGUGACAGCUACUGGGGACCCCUGUGAAGUGACAGCUGGAUCCGGGUGCCAGCGCGCGCUGCUCCCCGCUGCUCGGUGCCAGCACAGAGAGCUCGGCUCCCCCUGCUUGCCGUCAAAGGCCCGUGAAGGCACACUCUGCUCCUGGGCCAUCUGGGGAGUCUGUCAUGCUGAGAGAGGGCCAAGGCGCCCACGGCCUGGGCCGGAGGCCACAGCAGCUGAGUGCACGGGGCUAGUAGAGUGGGAAGGGAUCAGACGGGCACAGAAAUGAGGGUCCCUGCUCCUCUGGGCAGGAUGUUGGGCCCUUGCCUUCCUGCCCCAGAGCUGCCAGCAUCCAGCACCACUUAGGGAAAGGUGCCCCGCCCCUUUCAGGGUCUCCACCGCACUAGGCCCUCCACCUCCCGAGAGUCCCAACCCUCACCUGUGGCUGGCGCUUCAGUCAGGGACCCCCGAUGUGGUGACGGCUGGUCACAGAGGUAGAGGACAGACAUCUGUAGUGUUUAACUCAGGAUGGGAACAUACUGACCUUCCCUUUUGUUUUCUGGGCCUUUGUGUGUAACAGAGGCAGUUCGGAAGGGUUCCCUGCAGGUGCCCCUGCCAUCACUCACCUGGUCGGGAGCCACGCCAUAUUUUGUCUCAAGCACAAGGGUGUUAAGGUUUUCUCUCCUGAAUGAAUGAGCAGGUGGAGUGCUGGGAAGAUCUUUUGGAGUGUUUACGGCUUUUGUCACACUGCAUUUAAAAUGACUGCGAAGGUGUUAAAGAAGAAAACCCAGGCACGGGUGGCUUCUGGAAAGCAUCCUGUAUGGCAAGUAACCCGUACUGAACCCACAGCCUGGCUCAGCCUGGCUCAGCCUGGCUCUCCCCUCCCAGAGCGAUGGACCCACCACGCUGGGUAUCUGAGCCCUGUGUCGGGUUGAGGCUCCUGACCUCUUCACCCUAUUCCUCAUCCCACAUCCUGGUGGGGUUUCUGAUCGGGGCACGUCCGCUGCCAGCCAGGCUUUAAUACCUCUCCGUGGCACCAGGUUCAAGCUCUGGGGUGUGGCAUGUGCAGCCCGACACAGAGGAUAAGGUUGGCCACACGGCUGAGGCCUGCCUGCUGCAGCUGAGUGAACCAGCUGACAGGAGCGCUUCAGGCACUGGUGGUUCCCUCAUCUGAUUUCCCCUCCCUGUCGUUCAGGUCCUUGGUUCCCAUUACCUUUUCACUGGUUUUCCAGUUGACUGGUCACCUGGAAAAUAUAUUCAAAAAGGCCCUCCUGGAGAUCAAAUCUCUUGGAAACAAAGAGCAAUAAUAAGUCUCAUUAACUUCUGCCUACUUGAAAAAGUUUGCCAUGAUGAUGGGUUAAACUGAGGCCUUUAAAACUGUAACCUUUUUAUGAAGCUGACUUCCUACGUCCAGAGCACAGGCAGGGGUGUGCUCGCCCGCACGCUACGCUCACCUCCGCUGUGAAGACGUUUCUCCUGAGACUUUCCCCAGGUUUCUAUCCCUUCCUCUCUCCUUCCUCUACAAAAAACACCGAAGAGUACUUGUUGGAGGCAGCUUGGGCAGCGGGAUGUGCUGGGUCUGUGAGGCCCAGUGGGAAAGGACGGCUUCCAGAGGGCCCUGCCUCUGCCCUUAACAAUGUGGCUGCUGUGGCCGGCUGUGGCCAGCUGCUGACAAGAUGUGAGCAGAGGAGGAGACACGUCUACGGUCAUCCUGUUGCAAGAUUGUCACGUUGGCCUUCUCACAGACGUCCUCAUCCGAGUAACCAGGUAGGCGGCACCUGCUUCUGAGCCUCGUUAGGGACCCGGGUCCGAGUCUCCUCUGGAACCAGCGCCCUGCACACCACAUGUGCCCCGCCUCCUGUCACAAGUGGUUUUCUGCCGGUUUUGAUUUUCCAUAUUCUUGGACCAGAAACAAAAUGAAGAUUUCUCCAAAUUAUUAGUAAAUGAGGUAAUUUCCAACAAAGCUGCUUUUGAAACAUUUCCUAAGAACCCAAGCUGUGGCCAGCACUGCCCGUGCCUGGGGCUUACAUUCCUUCUUUGUAUGGUCUCCACCCUGAAGCCGUCCAUGUCCUGCAUGUCCGGGACAACCCUGCCAGGAGACAAAACAUGGCCUGUCGUGGCCGUUUGUUUGAUGAAUGUACAGACAUACGUUUUUUAUUAACUUUGUGUAGUAGUGUUUAUAGUAUGUUUAUAAUACAUUGCAAACAUGCUUGUGUCAUUGUCGUCACUUACACGGGUCAUUUCCUAUGUCCAUGGUCAUUGUCUGUGCCUUUGUAAAGAAACACUUCAAACAGGUGUCAGGUCGGGGUUGGGUCGAUACCUUACCUACGUUGAUACUUCUAAAUAUACAUGUAUCUGACUUUCAAGAAAACUUCCACUAUGAGUGGCAUAAAAACCUUGGGUUUUUUUUUUUUUUUUUUCGACAGUCACAGUUGCAUGUCAUCAUUAAAAUAAUCUGCCCUGGAAAGCUGAGAAUAUUCUUGCACAAUCCAAAAAUGUGUCUUUAAUUUGAGAAAAAUAGGCAUGGUGAAUCCAAAGCGGUAAAAUGCUGCACAAAGAGUAUCGAACGAAGUUGUGCUCGUAGCCCAUGCUGGAAAUUCUUUUCCCAAAACCAGUGGGGUUUUUGCUUGUGAACGGUCACUUGGACAGACCAGUAGGUUUGACAGACGCAUAUCAUGGCUUUUUACAUCUGUCUGAGUGUCGUGCUUUCCUAAGGCCUGGAACAUUUUCCGUUUCCCUGGGUUGGAAAAAUUAAUCAAGGAUGCUACUGCAGAUAGAAUUCUUUUGCCUUUGACCGUCAUACUAAGGGCUUUAUUCUUUCAUAAAAUCCGUACAUGCUCUGGCUGAGGCGUCUUCAUUUCCUUAGUUUACAACUAAAACUGUCCCAGCCCCCCUGGUGAAUCUGUUUCCCUGUGUCCUGGCUCAUGAGCCAAGAGCAGAGGUGACGUUGUGCUGACCACCCUCCGGCUCAGGUGGAAAACCUUUGAUUUUGCUGUCCUUGAAGAGUUUCUUCCAGUUUUCCUGAGGGUUCUGAUUCUGAGUUUGAUGGCCACUGGAUCCAUGCCCAGAUUUCCAAACAGAGCUGGAAACUGUCCUAACUGGUAGAAUCUUUCGGUGUCUUUUUUGUUUUGUUUUCAUUUGAGUAAAACCUGCAUUCACCUGAUUGGCCAUUUCUAGUCUUUGCAGAUGUGUGAGUGGAGUCUGAACCUGCCCAGGGGGUGUUGUGGGACCCACGAGGAGGGCCACAGUCACGGUGACUUUCCCACACUGAAAAACUUGAAAAUCCUAUCAGUAAUUGUCUACAUCAGAACCAAGUGAGAUCUGCUUCAUACCAAACAAAACUGUGGACAACUGAAAGUGCAUUGUACAAGAUGUGUAUCGUGUUCUUGUAUUUCACCUAAUUCAGUAUUCGAGUGACUACAUCAGUACUUUCUAGAAAGUGGUUCUAUUAAAUAAUUUAGUGAGUCACUGUUAAAUCUACUGUGGUAAUAAACUGAUGCCUCUUGGCUUUUUGUCUAAAUUAAGCCACUUGGUAGCAACUACCUAGGACUCUGGUUCUCUCGAAAUACAAUAAAUGUUAACAGUG